CAGCUCCUGAGUUGAGGAAGGAAUGAAGGAGGCUGUGCCUCCGGGUUGCGCGGAGAGUCCAAGUCAUUUCUCAGAAACCUGAGAUAGGUGGGCCUUAGAGGAGACACCGCCCGAGCACCACCAGGAUAAGGAAUUGCACCCUUGUCCGUCUGCUUGGGAGAGACAGAACUUGGCACUUCUCUGCGUGGAGGUGAGGGAGAAGCUGUCAGCCAGCCAAAAGAGCCUUGAAGUCCUCCGAUGGCUGGUGGGAGGAGGUGAACACCGCCAGGGAAGAUGGUCUCCGGUUUUGGCCCCGCGUAGCAACAGCUCCCCGCCCAGGGCCAGGGAUGUGCCUCUAGAGCACCAUGGACCGAGCCCACAGCGCAGCCCUGCAGCUGCACCAGCUGCCGCCCACAAGCAGCGCCGACCCGCUCAGCGAGCUUUCCUUCUCCUACAAGGAAAACUUGAUCGGCGCCCUUUUGGCAAUUUUUGGGCACCUUGUGGUCAGCAUUGCACUUAACCUACAGAAGUACUGCCACAUCCGCCUGGCAGGAUCCAAGGACCCUCGGGCCUAUUUCAAGACCAAAACAUGGUGGCUGGGCCUGUUCCUGAUGCUGCUGGGUGAGCUGGGCGUGUUUGCCUCCUACGCCUUCGCUCCGCUGUCACUGAUUGUGCCCCUGGGCGCAGUCUCCGUGAUAGCUAGUGCCAUCAUAGGAAUCAUAUUCAUCAAAGAAAAAUGGAAACCUAAAGACUUUCUGAGGCGCUACGUCUUGUCCUUCGUUGGCUGUGGUCUGGCCAUCGUGGGCACCUACUUGCUGGUGACAUUCGCACCUAACAGUCAUGAGAAGAUGACGGGCGAGAACAUCACCAGGCACCUCGUGAGCUGGCCUUUCCUCUUGUACAUGCUUGUGGAGAUCAUCCUGUUCUGCCUGCUGCUGUACUUCUACAAGGAGAAGAACGCCAACAACAUCAUCGUGAUUCUUCUCCUGGUGGCAUUACUCGGCUCCAUGACGGCGGUGACCGUGAAGGCCGUGGCUGGGAUGCUUGUCUUGUCCACACAGGGGAGCCUGCAGCUCGACUACCCCAUCUUCUAUGUGAUGUUCGUGUGCAUGGUGGCCACCGCUGUCUACCAGGCCGCGUUUUUAAGUCAAGCCGCACAGAUGUACGACUCCUCUUUGAUCGCCAGCGUGGGCUACAUUCUGUCCACUACCAUUGCCAUCACAGCAGGUGCAGUGUUUUACCUGGACUUCAUUGGGGAGGACGCGCUGCACAUCUGCAUGUUUGCACUGGGGUGCCUCAUUGCAUUCUUGGGUGUCUUCUUAAUCACACGUAACCGGAAGAAGGCCACUCCAUUUGAGCCCUAUAUUUCCAUGGAUGCCAUGCCAGGUAUGCAAAACAUGCAUGACAAAGGAAUGACAGUUCAGCCUGACCUCAAAGCUUCUUUUUCCUAUGGGGCCCUGGAAAACAACGACAACGUUUCUGAGAUCUACACUCCUGCCACACUGCCAGUCAUGCAAGAGGAACACAGCUCUGGGGGUGCCUCUGGGGUUCCCUACCGAGUCCUGGAACACACCAAGAAGGAAUGAGCCCACCUUGAAGGAGACUCUCCUUCCCUCCAUUUAUAACUGCUCUCAAGCGAGGCCGACAGUGGUUCAACCCUGAAUUCUAAAGUUUGCCUUUCAAGUCUUAUUUUUUUUUUUAAACAGAGAACUCUCUAGAAGGGGAUCUCGAAGAGCCUUAGUCUCUAGCACAGAAUCCAUUAUCUUGGUCUCGGAGAUUUCAGAUGACCGGGGUGGGGGGAAUGAAAGCAGUAUUCUCUGGGCAGGGUGGGGGGAGGCCGCGGGGUUCAGACUCUGCCUGGUUCUGCCCUGCCAGCUUGGGAAAGCCGUCGUCAUUCCUGACGAUGGUAACUGAGCUUCCUCCGGCAGUGACCAAAGGUUGCCACAUUCCUCGGAGCUGAAGCAAGGCAGAGAUUCUGCUCUCACUUUCCACAUCCAGUGAAAGGCUAGAGACCUCUGAAUCUACUCUUCCCUUGCCUGAUCCUCCCCAUCUCACUCAUAAUUCCAGAUUUCCAGUAACAUCUGAGUUGUCAUCACAAGGCAUAGUAGGCCAGCCCCGGGAACACCCUAUCAUUCACCUGUAGGAAAUGCACUUCUGCCUUCCAGUUGUCUGGGUCCUUCCAGUGAAAACAUGUUUGGUGUGUUUAUAUGAGAUCUGCUCUGAAAACUAAUUUGGUUUUGGUUCUGUGAACUAUGUAAUUGCUUUUCUCCCCACCCCACCCCUGCCGAAGGAACUGAGAAGUUAAGAGAAAGAGGGAAAUAAGGACGGGAGCAGGGGUAAUGAUACGUUAGCCCAUAAAGGAAGAAAAAUCCCUUUUCAUCUUACAAAAGGUGAUUGCACCACUUAUAAAAGGAUAGGCGGAAAAUCGGACUGUUUCAUGUGUGUGUUCCUGCACACCAGUGCCCUCUGGGAAGCUUGGGGGUGCUUACUGCAGAGACAGCCUCCAUCAUUUUCCUUCCGUCAAACCAAACUUGAAUUAUUGGCUCAUUUCCUUGGAGUUGACCGCGACUCUUCGGGUCAUCGUUCCCAUGUGCAUAUGUCUGGGAAAGUGGGCAUUCUUGGUAAGAGGUUGCUGCUUUCUUUCAGGCUACAUACUUGACUGUCCUCCCCCAAAACUGACUAUAGAUUUUUGAGAAUGGCAAGUAAGGGUUUGCAAACUUGAGCAUAAGGAUCCCCUAGGGAGCGUGUUUAAAAUGCAGAUUCCUACACCCCAAGCACAGACCCUCUGUGGGAAUGACAAGGGAGGAGCAAGAGUCUGCAUUCUUGACUGGCAGCAAGGUCAUUCUGAUGCAGGCAAUCCAAGGAUCACACACCUCGAAAGCCUAAUCACUGGGCUGUGAAAACCUCCAGGGGCCGACACACCCCUGCUGCAAAGUUGCAAUUACCCUAACUUGUUUCCUGUCUAGGGUUCAUGUAGCAGGUCAAAUAAUUCCCAUAGGAUCCGUGGCAUUUAUCCAUCCUGUGAUUCCUACUUAGAACUAAGCUUAAUGUUUCCCUAGGCACUCUUUAACUAAUAGGCGAGAUAACAGUGUUAAUAGACCAGUGUUGAUAGAUCAUUAACCUUUAUGGAUUGUGCUUAAUACCGAUUUACUACCUUGACUUCAAAAAACUGGCAUCUGUUCUUGUGAUAA